AUGGCCGGAGAACAACAUAGCGAUCACAGCCGUCCCCUCGUCAACUACAACAUGGACGACGGCCCGCCAUCCCAUGAGGCGGACGUUCGGGACGGUCAUCCAUCCACCCCGUCUCCAGAGCCCCAAAACAACGGAGAUGUCUCUCACGCCCACAAUUUAGGGGCAGAGACAUUUCAUCCCAUUCCCGUUCCCGUUGAAGGAGACGCCGUAAUGAUUGCCAUGGUGAAUGCCCUCAAUCAGGCCGGUUCUAUGCUCCACCAGCAGCACGAACGAAUCAUGGCCCUCGAAGCCGAACGACAAGAGGCCCGGCCCCAGCCGGUGAGUAGGAUACAACAACGUCCGGAGCCAACGAAGAAGCGAGGACGUCGCUCUCCCGAACCCCACGCCAGCAGGGCACGCGCCCAUCGUGACGGUGGUCGAGCGAGAACAUCACCAAGGCGCGGGCACAGCCCCGACAACAACGAACUGUCUCCCUUAAGGAGCGACGAGGAAGAUUUGCAUUGCCCCCUAUCUCGGGCAAUAAUGGAAGCCCCGCUCCCCAAAGGCAUGGAGAAACCGCCAAACCUAGUUGUGUACGACGGGACUACAGAUCCCGACGAUCACGUCGACAACGUCAACGCGAUGCUCGACUACCGCAAUGAUAUAACCGGGCACCUCAAAUGCCGACUGUUCUCAACGACCCUCAGGAAAGGGGCCAUGGCCUGGUACAAAAGCUUGGCCCCUGAGUCCAUUACGUCAUGGAGAGUCAUGAGGUCCAUGUUCACCCGGCACUUUACAGCUUCCCGUCGUCACCCCAAGACUGAGGCGACCCUUGAAGCCAUAGUGCAGAAGAAGAAUGAAACACUGCGCUCAUACAUCGAGCGAUUCAACCAGGAAGCUGUCGAGGUAGAUACCACCGAGCACAUGAAGAAGUAUCUCCUCGAGAGAGGUCUCUUACCCGGCAGUGAACUUAGCAGAGCCGUAGGGAUCGAGCCUCCCCGCACCUUAAACGAGCUCCUGCAUAAAGCCCAGGCCUACAUCAGAUACGAGGAAAAGCAGGUGGCACACAAUGCCCGCAGCGGACGUAACGCUGGGGAGACCGAGCACUCAAAACGCGAGGACACGAGCAUUUCCCGUCGCAACGGAGACAGACGAAGAGAAGAAAGACCUCGCGAGCUCCGGGAAGGAAGAGGCCCCGCGGGCAGAUAUAGCGAGUACACCUUACUGACAGCUCCUCGAGAGCGUAUCCUCGCAGAAUGUAUCAACUCUGAAUUUAAGCAGGGCAGGGUCAGGUUCCCAAAACCGUCUGCACCAAAGCCCCACACCGACAAAUCAAAGUACUGCCGGUUCCACAGAAGUCACGGACACGUGACCGAAGACUGCGUCCACCUGAAAGAUGCGAUUGAAAUUUUAAUCCAAGAAGGGCACCUGAAGCAGUACACGAGGAAGAACGAAGCUCCCAGACACGACGAGCCAGAGAAGAAGAGACCCCGGGAAAACACACCCCCCGACAACUCUCCCUAUCAAGUGGCCCUCUGCGUGUCACGACCGGAAGAUUUCUUCCCCCCCGAACCAUUGCCCGAGGGCAAGAUCACUGCACUCAGCCCCUGGGAAGACUUCCCUACCACACUGGUGAUAUCAGGAGGAGGAACUAACGGGGAAUCCGCGGCCCUCUCCGUCAAACGCAAGUUCGACGAACUCCUACUGACCGCCCCCGAGCAGAAAGCGACAUUGACAAAAUACCGGGGAAAAUCCAACCCAAUAUCCUUCUUCCUGGAGGAACUCCCGGGCGGAUCCCCGAACUCAGCCAUCCCACUAUUGAUUAGAGCAAAGAUGGCCAGAUUCGACGUACGACGCAUCCUGGUCGACGAAGGCAGCUCAGUGGAUAUCAUGUACGUCCACCUCUUCAAGACUCUGAAGCUAGACAAGACCAACUUAGCCCCCUACGUCGGAUCAGAUCUCCAAGGAUUCAACGGAGCAACAACCAGACCGUGGGGAUAUGUUGAGCUCCUCGUCACUUUCGGCGAACAAGAAACGGCCAGGGAAGUCAAAAUCCAAUUCCUGGUCGUAGACUGUCCGUCUCUCUACAAUUGCAUCUUUGGACGCCCGACACUGGCCGAACUCACUGCGGUCCCAUCCACCGUCCACCUGAAGAUGAAAUACUACACCAAAUUGGGACGUGUGGUCACCAUCCAUGGUGACAUCGAAGCAGCCCGGCGAUGCUACGACGCCGCAGUAAAAGGACAGGCCGUAGUCAGCACGAAGAGCAACUGCAACAACAAAAAACUCAAGACCGAGGAUCCUGCCCGAGGAGUCAACGCCAUCGACCUCGACUGUCGCAUCGGGCUGGACGAGACCGGAGAGGGGAGGUUCCCCAAGGAACGCUCUCUCGAACACCCGGUCCGACCAAUCCCCGACGGGGAGUUCGAACUCAUUCCUCUUGGGGACGAUCCGGAAAGGACGGUGAAGAUAGGUAAGGGACUACCCGAGGAAACAAGAGAAGAGCUAGUAGCAUGCCUCAAAGAGAACUCCGACCUCUUCGCGUGGAAUGCCGCAGAAAUGCCCGGGCUGGACCCCGAGAUCGCGUGUCAUAAGCUAGCUGUAGACCGGGCAGCCAAGCCCAUAGCACAGCGUAGACGCAAGCAAUCGCCCGAAAAGGCAGAGGCUGCCGAGCGAGCUGUAAAAGACCUCUUAGAGGCAAAUUUUAUUUCUGAAGCCCAGUACACAACCUGGCUCUCUAAUGUAGUCCUCGUUAAGAAAAAUAAUGGAAAAUGGCGUAUGUGUGUUGAUUAUACUGAUCUUAAUAGGGCUUGCCCGAAAGAUGCUUUCCCCCUCCCUAAUAUAGACUCGCUCGUUGACAACUCUGCAGGUUUUAAACUCUUGUCCUUCAUGGACGCAUAUAGUGGAUACAACCAGAUCCCUAUGUCGCCCGCAGACAAGAAACACACAGCGUUCAUGACCCCAACGGGCAAUUACUACUACAACGUGAUGCCGUUCGGGCUCAAGAACGCUGGCGCUACAUACCAACGCAUGAUGAACAAAGUCUUCAAGGACGAAAUAGGGGACAUGCUCGAAGUGUACAUGGACGACAUGAUCGUCAAAUCACACGAGGAGGUAACCCAUGCUCGACACCUUACGAAGGUAUUCGAGCAGGCGAGACAGUGUAAAAUGAGGUUCAACCCCGAGAAAUGCACGUUCGGAGUCGGGCAGGCAAGUUCCUCGGUUUCUAUCUCACCGAAAGAGGGAUCGAGGCCAACCCCGACAAAUGCCGGGCAUUCUCGGAGUUUCCGACCCCAAAAACCAAAAAAUCGAUCCAGUCACUCAAUGGAGUGCUCGCCUCACUCUCCCGUUUCAUCGCCAAGUCCGCCCAGCACGCAUUGCCAUUCUUCAGACUCCUUCGCAAAGAGGCUACCUUUGACUGGACCGAUGAAUGCGAACAAGCGCUACUCCAUCUAA